GUUCGCUGAAGGGGAACAAAUUCAAAGAUGAACCGCAGAGUCAAUGCAAGAAUUUAUUUCUCUGUGGACCCCAAAUGCAUAUGUGCUUCCCGGAAACUGCACUGUGAAAUGGAACAAAAGUCCAGCCUCCCCCUUCUUUCUUGUCCCCAAUCCAUUUACUGGGAAAGGGGGAUGACUUGGAGAGUUGCGGGGACUGCGAAACUCUCUUCUCUGAUCUGUCGCCUGAUCCGUUCGCGACUGUAAGAGAUUUAAGGUAUACGGGGAAGGAAGAGGAAACGUUUUACGGAUGGAACCUCGGAUUAAAGGCGUUGUGGUCAUCUCUUUGCCCCCGGAGGACGACCCGUCUAAGGGGAAGACCAUCACUGCUGCAUUCACCCUUGCAGAGACAUCUUCAGCCCCAACUCAUCAGAAUCAGAGUGAUAGAAAUCCACCCAUUCAAGAACGACAGAUGGGCUUUCCUCCCAGAAAAGUUUUCAAAGUCAAGAGAGUUAUGUCUCUGUUGGGUGUUGCAGUUUUGAUGUUUUUUCUGUGGCAGAAUGGUCUUUCUGAAAUCGCUUCCCAUUUUGAAGACGAUGGUUCAGAGGAGAAGAAGGAUGACAAUUCAUUUGUUUACACCCUGUAUCCAAAGUAUGGUCGAGGGGUUGAGCAGGACGUUGCUUUGAGGUUGGGGAGGGCCAUCAGGAGGGAUGAAGUGAGAAACAGAAUAAUUGCGGACAACUUCGCUGGUGUUCCUUCUACAAACUCUUCCACCAUCUUUCCUGUAAAGGGAAAUGUUUAUCCAGAUGGACUGUACUACAUAUCUAUACUUGUCGGGAACCCUCCAAAACCCUAUUACCUUGACAUGGAUACUGGAAGUGACUUAACAUGGAUUCAGUGUGAUGCCCCAUGCACCAGCUGCGCCAAGGGACCACAUCCUUUAUACAGACCUUCAAAAGGAAAGAUAGUACCUCCUAAGGACUCUCUCUGCAUUGAGCUACAGGUGGACCAGAACCACAAGUACUGUGAUGCAUGCCAUCAGUGUGACUAUGAGAUGACAUAUGCAGAUCAAGGGUCAUCUAUGGGGGUUCUAACAAGAGAUUCUUUGCUGCUUAUGAUUGCAAAUGGGACCCUCACUAGAACUACUUUUGUUUUUGGGUGUGCAUAUGAUCAACAAGGUCCACUCUUAGUGUCUCCUGCAAAAACUGAUGGAAUCCUUGGGCUCAGUAAUGCUAAAAUUAGUCUUCCUUCACAGCUGGCUAGUCAAGGAAUUGUCAAGAAUGUGGUGGGCCAUUGUAUAUCAAGUGACAUAAAAGCUGGAGGAUACAUGUUCUUUGGCGAUGACAGUGUACCUUCAUGGGGAAUGAAUUGGGUUCCAAUGCUAAGCAAUCCUUCACUCAAAUUUUAUCAUUCGGAGAUCUUGAAAAUAAGCAUCGGUGGCCAACAGCUUGAUUUUAAGUUGGGAGACAAGUUCACCUCAGUGGUUUUUGACAGCGGUAGCUCGUAUACAUAUUUCACAAAUGAAGCUUAUAAAAGUCUGAUUGCUUCUCUGAAGUACAUUACAAGUAAUGGAUUUGUUCUGGAUGAAUCAGACACUACUUUGCCAGUGUGUUGGCAAGCUAAGGCCCCUGUCAGGUCUGUUGAUGACGUGAAACAGUUCUUCAAACCCUUGACCCUUCAGCUUAGCAAGAAAUGGUUGUUUGGAUCUAAAGAGUUCGAGAUUCCUCCUGAGAGUUACUUGGUCAUAAAUGGGAAAGGCAAUGUUUGUCUGGGAAUUCUAGACGGGAGCAAAGUACACGAUGGAAAAACAUUUAUUCUUGGAGAUAUAUCAUUGCGAGGAAAACUUGUCGUCUAUGACAAUGUGAAGAAAAGGAUCGGAUGGGUUGACUCUGAUUGCUCCAAGCCCCCAAAGUUUAAGAGCUUCCCUUUUAUCUGAGUCUUGAUGGUGGUGAAGAUAGCUGAUGAAUUAGUCAUAAGAUUAUAUGCAAGUUCAGUAUGACUUGUUCUAUCAUUCCCACUGACUGAUGUUGUGCUUUGUCUCAUGAGGCUCCAUUUGUUGGAGCUUCUGCAGAGUCUUAUACGAAAUCACUAGGUAAUUAAGAUGGCAAAUAUUAAAUCGCCUGUGGAGCUCUUUUCAUAAAUUACAUGAAUAUUUCCUUAAA